AUGGCUUAUCUUCUUGGGUGGAAGGAUAUCCUCAGGCCGAUCCGCGAUGGUUACCGACAUCUGUUUCCCACCCCGGACACUGGGCCUACGCCGGAAGAGAGACGCCAUCAGCGCGCAUUAGAUCGACGGAAGGGCUUCGCCUACUUCGAUACCUUUGAUCAAUUGGAAUCGUGGACCGAGGCUGACUCUGACCCUCUGCAAAGAGCCAAUACGCCGUUGUUACGAGCGACUGGUGGAGUUCCAACCGACGACCGCAAAACUGGUGUUCUAUUGAUCCAUGACUAUUCUGGCAACUACCAUGACUACGAAAGCGUGCAGGCCGUCGGUGUAGACAAGGAACUCUACUCGUGUGAAUAUCUCCAGUUUGUUGAUACUUUUGUCUACUUCUCUCAUAAGCUGGUCUGCGUGCCUCCACCAACAUGGACGAAUACGCUACACAGAAACGGUGUGGAAGCGCUGGGCACCUUCUUGAUUGAACCGCAAACUGAAGGCUCGGAACGGUUGUUGAAUCAUACGACGGAAGAAUCUGGGAAUUUGAACUUCCCCAUGGCGAAGAAGCUGGCCUCCAUUGCAACACACUUCGGCUUUGACGGCUGGCUCAUAAACAUCGAGAAGCCGUUCCCAAGCGACGUGUGGGAUCCAGAGGUCCUUGAAGCGUUUCUACGCCAGCUUAAGGCUGAGCUAGGGGUCGAUAAACGGCUCAUAUGGUACGAUGCGCUCACCACUUCCAACAAGAUAUCCUACCAGAACGCGCUGACCAGCUCCAACCUCAAAUUUGCUGACGCAUGCGAAAACUUACUCACCAAUUAUUGCUGGACGGAUAUUCAUGUUUCUGAAUCAAUGAAGCUCGCACAGUACGCUGGCUUUCAUGGCCCUUUCGCCAAAGGCAAGAAGAAGAGUAUCUACUUUGGCGUGGACGUCUGGGCACAGAACAAGUCUAGUUUUACCCACCCUCGCGUCACAUAUCCUGAAUAUGGGGGCGGUGGUACAAACACUGGAGUCGCAUUGGCCAGACUCUCGGAUACGGGUCAAUCAGUUGGCAUCUUUGCACCAGCAUGGUCGUUCGAGCAUUUUCCAGGCCAUGAGCGGGACGUUGAACGCACCGUCUGGGAAGGCACUCCGCUACCAGAGGGCAUUGAGUGCACCUGCGGAGACUGCACAUCGCGUCACCCACCAAACAAAGAGCGUCCAAUCCUACACACAGCCAAAGAGCGCGUGGCAGGCUCAGAACAUUUCUUCUACACAGACUUCACCCGCGCAUUCUCUCCACAUGAUGACUACGCAAACUACAUGUUCAACAACUGCAACACACACUCACAACUAGGCUCACAAUCCGUCCUUCCACGUCCAGCCAGCCUCGUCCCCGAAGGCGAAGACGUCACACUCUCGCACCAUAUAGAAUACUCUCCCAACCAGAACACCCUCGUCAUCUCCUUCACCCAAAACCUGCUACCCGGAGACUUUGACGUACAAGUCUUCCUUCCCCUCUACAAACUCGACAUGCCAGCCGAUGGAUCCCUACAGCUAUCAAUGGUACUAGACAGCUACGAGGAUCCCAGACCACCAGAAAUGGAGGACAUGACGAUUUUUUUGUACUUCAAAUCGGGUAGAACGACGCAUUAUCACACAUUGCAUCUAUCGCGGAAGCCGAUCGUGUUGCUAGAUGAUGUACCUGGAGCGAGGAUAGAAGAGCUGGGUAUACAGGUUAAGGGUCCGCUGAGGGGGACUUUACGUGGGCCUGUGCGGUUAAUUGGUUUCAAGGAGAUUUGUAUCUCGCCGAUAGCUGAUUUGCCGAAGAAUUCUUCUCUUAGGAUCAAGGAUGUACGGGUUGAAAGACGUGGCGAAGGGGAGGGUAGGCAUGUUAGACUGUGCUGGAACUACGAGGAUGCAGCGAAGUCCGAAUCUCAAACUGCGGGUAUGCCAUGGAGCGAUGUUACGGGUCCGUUUUCACACUUCACGAUUCGCUUACCGGGGCUACUAUUUGCCAGAGCGUAUGCGUUGGAGCAUAUUCUGGGCGAUAAAUUUGUGGAACGGUAUGCUGGCCAAGAGAUCGAGAUUGAGGUCACAGGUAUUGGCUUCGAUGGACGGACACUCGCGGAGACGAAGGUCACGUUGCAGCUGUAA